AUGACGACCUUUACACGAAUUCCAGAAGGCGACACACCGACCAUCAGUGUUGACGUUUCCAGGAGAUUAUCAAAAAUCGAUCCAAAUAUAUAUGGAGGCUUCAUGGAACACAUGGGCCGCUGCAUCUAUGGUGGGAUAUAUGACCCCGGAAACCCCCUCUCAGACGCCAAUGGCUACCGCACCGACGUCCUCUCAGCUCUCCGUGAGCUCGACAUCCCCGUGAUUCGCUACCCAGGCGGGAACUUCAUUGCAACAUACCACUGGCAAGAUGGCAUCGGGCCCAAAGAAAACAGACCAGCGCGGCCAGAACUUGCUUGGCUAGGAACCGAAACCAAUGAAUUCGGGACUGAUGAAUUCAUGCACUAUCUCGGCGUCCUCAGCGAAGGCAAAGAAAAGCGUGUGGAACCCUACUUCUGCUUGAACUUCGGAACAGGAACUUUGGACGAAGCACUCGGUUGGGUCGAGUAUUGCAACGGCACGCGGAAUACGUACUACGCCAACCUGCGGCGCAAGAACGGCCACGAGGAGCCGUACAACAUCAAGUACUGGGCCCUCGGAAACGAGACAUGGGGGCCCUGGCAAGUAGGCCAGAUGACGGCUUCUGCGUAUGCGACGCAGGCUGCGCAGUGGGCGAAGGCGCUGAAACUCUUGGAUCCGAGUCUGUGUUUAAUACUGUGUGGGGAGACGGGAGUGGCGUCUUGGGAUUUUGAGGUGUUGAAGGAGUGUAUUUCUUUUGUGGACAUGCAUAGUAUCCAUCACUAUACUUCCUCGUCGGAACACCUCCUCAAUGCCACGGCUCCUCUAUCAGCAGAACGAGCUAUUGAAACUGCUGCUUCGCUGAUAGAUAUUGCGAGGAUCGAGAAGAAGAUUCCGAGUUCUGUUCCGAGAACUACGAUUUGCUUUGAUGAGUGGAAUGUUUGGGAUCCAGUAAGAGCGCCUGGUGAGGAGGGGGCGGAGGAGUGCUAUACGCUGAGUGAUGCGUUGGCGGUAGGGGUGUGGUUGAAUGUCUUUGUGAGACAGAGUAAAUAUGUGGGAAUGGCAAAUAUUGCACAAAGUGUCAAUGUGAUCAGUCCGUUGAUGACGAGUAAGGAUGGAAUUGUGAAGCAGACUACUUGGUGGCCGUUAUUAUUGUUCAGCAAAUACAUGCGUGGCUGGACGGUUGGCGUGCAUAUAACGGGGGGUGCCUAUGAUGGGGCUACUCAGCCGAGCUGGCUUCAGGGGGUAUUAGACCAGGGAGCGAGUUGGUUAGAUGUCAGUGCCUGUGUGAACGAGGAGGGAUGGCUGAGCUUGGUGGUGGUCAAUGUCAGUGAGGACAAAGAUUUCGAAGUUGAUUUAAAGGGUGCGGCGAAGGAUGUCCAAGCAUUUACCGUGUCUGGGCCGGGAGUGAAGGCUGUGAACGUAGAAGGGAAGGAUGAGGUUGGCGUAACAGAAAGCAAGUGGGACGGCGAGGGGAAAUAUAGGUUUGUGAAGCAUUCGAUUACUAUGCUGAGAUGGCAGACGGGAGAAAAGAUCAAGGAAGUUGUGAAAGGAGAGGGAGAACGAUUAGAUACAAGGAAAAUGGCAUGGAGUCAGAUAGAGGAGUAA